GUUCCAUCGUCGCUACUAACCCACAGCUUCCCGACAACACCACGAGCAAAAUCAGUCAAGAUGGGAAUUGAUCUCGACCGCCACCAUGUUCGAGACGGGCACCGCAAGGUCCCUAAGUCGACCAACCCCUACGUUAAGCUGUUGGUUCGUCUGUACAAGUUCCUUGCCCGUCGUACCGAUGCGCCCUUCAACAAGGUUGUCCUCCGCCGUCUCAUGAUGUCCAAGAUCAACCGCCCUCCCGUCUCUCUCUCCAAGAUCAUCGCUACCUCCGCCAACAAGGUCAACGCGAAGACCAACGAGGGAAAGACCGUCGUCAUUGUCGGCACCGUCACCGACGACAACCGCCUCCUCGAGCUCCCCAAGCUCUCCGUCGCUGCCCUGCGCUUCACCGCCUCGGCCCGUGCCCGCAUUGAGAAGGCUGGUGGUGAGGUCCUCACCAUCGACGAGGUUGCCACCCGUUUCCCCACUGGUGCCAACACUCUGCUCCUCCGUGGACCCAAGAACUCCCGUGAGGCCGUCAAGCACUUCGGCUUCGGUCCCCACUCCAACAAGAAGCCCUACAUCGAGUCCAAGGGCCGCAAGUUCGAGCGCGCUCGUGGUCGCAGAAGGUCCAGGGGUUUCAAGGUCUAAGCGAUUGCUUGAGCUUGAGGUGGAACGAUUUCUCUGGGUUGCUGGCGUGGUCACGGUCAUGGGAACUGAUUUACGAAGCGUGCAUCACGGCUGGCAUGAGCCCUUGGCUGGUUCACAAAAAGAUACUCAAUGUCCGUAUAUGCAAUGGACGCACACCAAUGAGCACUCGAGGCUCAUGGUAUUUUCUCAUGAAU